CUCCACCCGUACCCUGCCCUCUUAGCAUUGACAGUGAUGCUAACCGGCACGGUCCACUUCCCGACCAUCUGGUGCGAUAGAACCCAACCAUUAUACGAAGUCUGUAGUCAGGUGGUCCAGUGUGGAAACACUACACUUCACUACCCGUUCUGGGGGUUAGGUCGGCCCGCUUACUGUGGUCAUCCGGGAUUUGAGAUAACAUGCAAAAAUAAUGUUCCAAUACUUCGUUAUGAAUCACUAAGCUUCAGAAUCUUGAAAAUUCAGAUGAAUCAGCAGACGAUCACCAUUGCUAGAGACGACCUCUGGAGCAGUUUCUGUACUCAGUAUCUCUACAACACCACCUACGACUCAAAUCUAUUCAACGACGAUAACUUUGCUCAGGAGGAUGUCACUCUUUACUAUGGAUGUGAUUCUAGUUCAGGAGGUCACAAUUUCGAUUGUGGUGAUGACACCAAGAAUAACAGUUAUUUUAUGGCAACUAGUAUGAUUGUCAACAACAUGCUUGAAAACUCAGUGAAAUGCACCACUCAGAUCUCUGUGCCGGUGAUUCAACCUUUUGGGGAUCUAUUGGCAUUAACAGGUGCUGAAGUGAGUGAUCUGAGAUCAGCCCUGAAAGCUGGGUUUAAUCUACAAUGGACAGCGAACAACGACGAGUGUGAUCAGUGUGUUCAGUCAGGCGGGAGAUGCGGGUCCAACCUGCAGCGGUCUACGUUGUUCGUCUGCUACUGUGCUAAUGGAAAUUUUUCAUUUACAUGUAACAACCUGUGUCAAGAUACAAGUGAAGGAUCCAAUGAAUCUGUGAAGAAUAACUUUUACAAGAAAUGGAAACUUGUAACCGGUGUUUCAUGUGGCAUCACGGGAAUUACGCUCCUGUUGUUUUUGAUCAUACUCUAUCGAGGAAACAAGUUACUGGAAACUCAAAAGGCAACAAAUCAUCAGUUAGAAAUGUUCAUAAGGAACUAUGGAACUCUUGCCCCUAAGAGAUUCAAGUUUUCAGAAAUCAAGAAAAUGACAAACUCGUUUCUUGAGAAACUGGGACAAGGAGGGUAUGGAAGUGUUUACAAAGGAAAGUUGCAUAACGGGCGACUAGUUGCAGUGAAACUAUUGACCGGAGCUCAUGGAGAUGGAGAAGAUUUCAUUAAUGAAGUCGCGAGCAUCAGUAAAACUUCUCAUGUCAAUAUAGUCACACUUUUAGGUUUCUGCAUCGAAGGAAAGAAAAGAGCACUACUGUAUGAGUUCAUGCCAAACGGAUCCUUAGAUAAGUUUCUACAUGGCGAUGGGUCCAACUUGGAUUGGAACACAUUGUUCCAAAUUGCAAAAGGGAUUGCACGCGGCCUAGAGUACCUUCACCGAGGCUGUAACACAAGAAUUGUGCACUUCGACAUAAAGCCUCACAACAUUCUCUUGGAUGAAGAGUUUGUCCCAAAAAUAUCUGACUUCGGUCUUGCAAAGUUGUGCAAAACGAAAGAGAGUAUUGUGUCUGUAAUGGGUGUGAGAGGUACCGCUGGAUACAUGGCUCCUGAAGUAUUUUGCAGGAGUUUUGGAGGCGCAUCUCAUAAAUCUGAUGUGUAUAGCUAUGGGAUGUUGGUUCUUGAUAUGGCAGGUGCACGAAAAUACAAUAACUCUAGCUCGACAAGUUCGAGUGAAGCCUAUUUUCCAGACUGGAUAUACAAGCAAGUUGGGGAUGAAGAGGAAGAGGAAUUAGCUCGGAAGAUGAUGAUAGUGAGCCUGUGGUGCAUUCAGUCUGAUCCAUCUGAUCGACCGUCCAUAGAUAAAGUUGUGGAUAUGUUGGAAGGAAGCUUUGAAUCAUUGCAAGUUCCAACUAGACGUUUCGAGUCAUCUCCUGCAUGGCCUUUCCAAGACACUCCAUCCUCAUCCGCACAUAGUAUAACAUGAGAGUAUCAAUAGCGCAGGAUGUAGGGAAGACUUCUCAAGAUUACAAACAAGUAUUAGGGUGGAUCAAAAGGGGUUUUAGGAAGUCUUAAAACCCCCCCUUCAAUCAACAUUGACAUGCUAAUAGAUAUAAUUCAAAUAUGAAUUUAAUAUUUGAACUAGAUAUAUUAUGUUUGUCAGAGGUGUGACCUUCAUGUAUUUUUAAUA